UGGUGUCAGAGCCAGGCGAGCGCUUGCAGUUCCGCGGAGGGGAUGCUGAGGAGCGCUGGGUCCGCGAGCAGCGCUGGCUAUUGCGGACUUCCGAGGCACCUCAGGCCGUGAGAACCCCUGCAUCUCGACCAAAUCCAGGCCCCCAAGGCCAUUCACUGUUCCAGAAGCCAGCCUGGGAGAAGAGUCCAGCACAGCAGUAGCCGUCUCCGGAUCUCUAGCGUUCUGGAACCCCGAGAGACACCCUGGGGUUCUCGAACCGGCCCCAGCAACUCCCAGCUCCAGCUUCCUGCGUGCGUCCGUCCGUCCGUCCGAGACACCCCACCCGUGCUCUAAUCUCUGCGAGCCGCGACUGAGUGCUGGUGCACACACCAUGAUCGUUGCGGACACCGAGUGCCGCACGGAGCUCCAGGGCUAUCUGCCGUUCUCCCGGGGCGGCGUAGGCGCCCCGGGGACCGGAGAGGAACAGAAGGAGAGCCGGUCUCGUCGAGGCCGAGGGCCCAGCGCCUUCAUCCCAGUGGAGGAGGUUCUUCGGGAGGGGGCUGAGAGCCUUGAGCAGCACCUGGGACUGGAGGCGCUGAUGUCCUCAGGGCGGGUGGAUAACCUGGCGGUGGUGAUGGGCCUGCACCCUGACUACCUCAGCAGCUUUUGGCGCUUACACUAUCUGCUGCUGCACACAGAUGGGCCCCUGGCCAGUUCCUGGCGCCACUACAUUGCCAUCAUGGCUGCUGCUCGCCACCAGUGUUCUUACCUGGUGGGCUCCCACAUGGCUGAAUUUCUGCAGACUGGUGGUGACCCUGAGUGGCUGCUGGGUCUCCAUCGGGCCCCUGAGAAGCUGCGAAAACUUAGCGAAAUCAACAAGUUACUGGCACAUCGGCCGUGGCUCAUCACCAAGGAGCACAUCCAGGCCUUGCUGAAGACUGGGGAACAUAGCUGGUCUCUGGCCGAACUCAUCCAAGCCCUAGUCCUACUCACUCACUGCCACUCACUGGCCUCCUUUGUGUUUGGCUGUGGCAUCCUUCCUGAGGGAGAUCCAGAGGGAAGUCCUGCCCCUCAGGCACCAUCACCCCCCAGUGAGCAAAGCAGCCCUCCAAGUGGGGACCCACUGAACAAUUCUGGGGGUUUUGAGGCUGCCCGGGAUGUGGAAGCUCUAAUGGAACGCAUGAGGCAGCUACAGGAGAGCCUGUUGCGGGAUGAAGGAGCCUCCCAGGAGGAGAUGGAGAGCCGUUUUGAGCUGGAGAAGUCGGAGAGCUUGCUGGUGACUCCCUCAGCUGACAUCCUGGAGCCCUCUCCGCACCCAGACAUGCUGUGCUUUGUGGAAGACCCCACUUUUGGAUAUGAAGACUUCACUCGGCGAGGGGCUCAGGCCCCACCCACCUUCCGUGCUCAGGAUUAUACCUGGGAAGACCAUGGCUACUCACUGAUCCAGCGGCUGUAUCCUGAGGGUGGGCAGCUGCUGGAUGAGAAAUUCCAGGCAGCCUAUAGCCUCACCUACAACACCAUCGCCAUGCACAGUGGCGUGGACACCUCCAUGCUCCGCAGGGCCAUAUGGAACUACAUCCACUGCGUCUUCGGCAUCAGAUAUGAUGAUUAUGAUUAUGGGGAAGUGAACCAGCUCCUGGAACGGAACCUCAAGGUCUAUAUCAAGACAGUAGCCUGCUAUCCAGAGAAGACCACCCGAAGAAUGUACAACCACUUCUGGAGGCACUUCCGCCACUCAGAGAAGGUACAUGUGAACUUGCUACUCCUGGAGGCCCGUAUGCAAGCUGCCCUGCUGUACGCCCUCCGUGCCAUCACCCGCUACAUGACCUGACUCCCUCCCACGUAGGAACCAUACCUGGAGCAGCUGAUCCUGGGGAUACCCUCCUCCCUGGAAGAAUUCCAUCUGGAGACAGAUCUGGGACCCUUUCAGUUCCAUGCCCAUCCCCACCCUGCUGUGGGUGGGCUUGUGUGAUGUGCAGCCCCCGAGCCACACCCUCUUUUUUUCUCACUGGAAUGGACAGGAUCACUGCACUGACUCUGGGAUCCCAGCUCUGUCCCUGGGAACUGGAAGAGGAUUAGGAGAUCCCAAGGGGCUAUGCAUUUUUCCUUCCCCUGCCCCCCAGAGGCAGAAGGCAUAGAAGGGAAAUGUGCCAACCUCGGACUUGUGUGCCAGCAGGCUGAGCCCCAGGCACCACAAGUGCUGUGGCCUUCCUGGACUGGGAAGUCCCUGGCUAGCCCCUGUGAGAGAGGGCCAAAGACCUCCAGGGACUAACACUCCAGGCAGCUUUGCCUUCUUUCCCCCAUCAUUCUCAGAGUUCAUUACCUCCCACUUGCUGUUCACCCAUUAAUGUGAAAGCCAGGGUCACAGCUGGCCUGUGUGCCCUGUUCCCCAAAAGCCUUUUCUGUUGGGCAGAAUGGAGACCCCCUGGUACCCUCGUUGCCUGAAUCCUAGUUUAGUUCUCUUACCUUCUUUGCCCUUGUAUGCCUUUCUCCGGUGAUUUGAGGUGGGAGACCCCAGGAGAGAAGCCAGACCCAACCUUUUGGAUGUGAACUGUUUCUGGAGAUUUGGAGCCACUGUUGGUCACUUUGCCUCUGAAGAAGAAGAAGUAUUUGAUGAUAGAUUCUCUGUGUUUGGGUCCUUUGUGGUUGAGGUCAGUCCUCUUCUCGGCCUCACCCUUGGAGCCACAGUUGAUAUCUGGGAGGAGCAGAGGGAGCCUCUUCGCCCUAGGCUGUGCUGCCUGUAGAGGCUGGAGCUCUGCCAAGGAUAUUUGCCAAAAAGCGGGGCCUUUCUAGGUGGCUGAGGUGGCACUGAGACUCAGUAAGAGAGGCAGACACCAGGGUUCUCGUUUGGGCCCUGCCACUGAUUGGGCGACCAUGCCACAUUGCCAGGCCACCUUGACCACCACAGUUGCAGACGAAGGGAUGGGUUUGAGUUUCCCCAGUGUCUGAGGCUUUGCCCUGGGAUCUCAGGCCAACCUGUCAACAGCAAGCUGAUUUUUCUUACAAGAUAUUACAAAGUCCUCUGGGGACCCCCAUUCCUAUAAUUGUUUUUUCCUGGCUGCCUUCCAAGGACCCUCACCCCCAUCCUGGCAUCUGAUCUGUCCCCUCUCCUAGAUUUUAGGUUUGCUUGGAGGCAGAAGCAGCCAAGGACUAAUCCCAGGCACUUUCUGUAGCAAACAACUGUGAAUUAUGGCUUCUCUUGCCCUUCUUAGCAGUAGGUGCCUCCUCUUGAUCCAGUUUGGAGGUACCUGAGAAAGGCAGGGGCCACAAUGCUGCUGCUUCUGACCCUCCUCCCUGGGGCAGGGCAGGAGAUAAGCCUGCCAGUGUGCCACAUUUCAUACCCGUGCAGGCACGGGAAAGCAACUGGGCACCCCCUAAGGCCUGAAAGCCCUCCCCACAAAGAAGGUGGGCCAGAGGGAAAGGGGCCCAGCAUGGGGGUUUGAGUUCUAGAGGGGACAUGAUGCCUCUGUUAUUGUCUCCUGGGUUGGGUGGGAAGGGUAUCCAGUGUUCAAGUGCAGAAAUCUUUGACCUUGUUAACAGUUACGUAUGAUAAGAAAUAAAAGUUCACCAAGGUUU